AUGGGGAUGAUCGAAGUCAUUCAUCCCGGAGUCUUGAGCAGUGUGCAGGAUGCUGGCCGAGAAGGCUAUGUUGAUGUAGGCGUUCCGAAGAGUGGGGCUGUUGAUCAAGUCGCACUUCGUAUCGGAAAUCGCUUACUCAAUAAUUCUGAAUCUGAUGCCGCUAUCGAAAUGACCAUGUCGGGUGGAGAAUACAAGUUCAGUACUUCUUCUGUAAUCUGCUUGACAGGUGCAAUUGCUGAGGAAGCAUUCUUGAUGAAGGGUGAGAUCAAAGCGCCGAUUCGUCAUCAACAACCAGUUGAGAUUCCUCGGGACUGCACGCUCAAGAUUGGGAGAUUUGUCAAUGGAUUCCGAGGCUACCUAUGUGUCCUCGGUGGUAUUCAAUCUCCUUCCGUGCUGGGGAGCAAAUCCUCCCUCGUUUCUCUUCCAGAUGCCGGUCUAGGCAGAGCAUUAAGGCCGGGUGAUCGAUUGCAGAUUGGGAAGAAACAGGUUGGUACUAUGGAUCUCAUAUGUUCACAGGUUCAGCAGGAAGAACAACCAACCCUUGAUGGCGCUCGGGUGUUGCGGAUUGUGCCUGGUGCCCAUUUCGAUUUGUUCAGUGAGCAGCAGCGUGAAGCGUUGAAUAAUCUGACGUUUAAGAUUUCUGAUGAAAGCAAUCGAGCAGGCGUGCGUCUGUUGGAUGCUGUAAUCCCUGGGAAGCUUCCAAUCAAUGUUCCAAGCGAGGGAGCUUUACCUGGAUAUAUACAAGUCCCCCCGUCUGGAGCGCCGAUCAUACUUGGUGUAGAUGGUCCAACUACUGGUGGAUAUCCAGUCAUCGCAAGUGUUAUUGAAGUGGAUCUGCCAGUGCUGGCGAAAUUCGCUCUGCGUGAGCAGCUUAGGUUUCGUUGGAUCAGCCGUGAAGAAGCUCAACAGGCGUUGAGGAAUCAAUACAAACUGAUUCAAUCUGUCAAGCCUCUCCAUCCGGUGCAGAUGGGAAUGGGCGUUCGAGGAUCAGACUGGCCGAAGGUCAUACUGAGUUGUGAUACAGGAGAAGCGCCAGCAGGCAUCGGGCGAGAUCGAGAGAUGGCGUUGCUCCCCUAUGUGUCAGCAGCGAGUAUUGCCUGUGGCGGACACGCCGGUGAUGAAGAGUCGAUUCGAGAACUCAUCACUGCAGCGUGUGCAUAUGGCUGUGUGAUCGGUGCACAUCCCUCGUAUCCUGACAGAGCAGGGUUUGGUCGGCGUGCUAUCGAUAUCAGCCGAGCAGAUUUGGGGUUUUCGAUCAAGAAUCAACUCAAGACAUUCUCUCGAAUCGCAGGUGAGUGUAAUGCCACUGUGUCAUAUAUAAAGGCUCAUGGAGCGCUCUAUCACGCACUUGCCCGUGACACAUCAAUGGCUCGAUGGUAUUGGGAAAUAUGCUCAUCGAUCUUCCCGCAGGCGCAGUUCGUAGGACCGCUCGGUUCAGCAACACUGAACGCUUUCCGAUCUUUGGGUAUCCCAGUGCUCGGCGAGGGGUUCUGUGACCGUGUGUAUAAUGCGGACGGGACACUGCGAUCACGCAGUGCUGAAGAUGCUUGUAUCACGGAUCCGGAUAUUGCUGUGAUGCAAGCUGAUCAUUUGGUGAAUCAGAUGGGAUGCCAGUUUUUGUGUGUGCACAGCGACACCGCGAACGUUGACCCGCUAUCGGAUAGUGAGGUCUUGUUGCACAGAAAACGCGUCUGGCUGACUGGAGCGAGUCUUGGGAUCGGCCGUGCUCUUGCCCUUGAGUUGGCAAAGCGGGGUGCAACUGUUGCGCUCACCGCUCGGAACAAGGAAAGGCUGGAAGAGGUUCGCAAGGAAGUCGAAAGUCUUGGUGGUCGUGCAUUGAUCGUGCCUGGGGAUGUCACGGACCUAGAUCGUAUGAAAGAAGUAGCUAGGGAAAUCGUGUCCGAGAUCGGUGGCGUUGACAUCCUCAUCGCCAAUGCUGGAACGCAUGUCUUUUCAAAGCCCGAAGAGUUCGAUACAUCCGAGUACCUUGACCUUAUGGAUAUCAACUAUGGUGGAACGCUGCGGUGCAUCGAGGCAAUCCUUCCGAGCAUGCUCGAGCGACAGUCUGGCAGGAUAGUGGGGGUCGCGAGUCUUGCGGGAUUGCGAGGGCUCCCUCGUGCAGCAGCAUAUUGCGCUAGUAAAGCUGCGAUCAUCAACUUCUUCCAGAGUAUGAGGAUUCAUCUCCGUGAUCACAAUAUUGGUGUCACGGUCAUCAAUCCUGGAUUUGUUCGCACACCCCUCACGGACAAGAAUGACUUCCACAUGCCGUGUCUCAUCGAAGCAGAUAAGGUGACACUCAUAGAGCGCAAUGACUAUGUUGGUGGCCAUACCAACACCAUAUCUGUUAAAGAGAAUGAUCGAGAACUUCCAGUUGACACUGGGUUUAUUGUCUGCAAUCCCAAGACAUACCCAACAUUCUAUCGGUUGCUCGAAGAGUGGGGUGUUCAGCUGCGUGACAGUGACAUGUCUUUCGGAUUCAUGUGCGAUCAGACCGGUGUCGGAUAUUCGGGACCUGAGAUGCGAGAGUUCCUCCGAAAGCCAUCCAAUCUCCUGAACCUAAAACUACUUGGCAUGAUCCGGGCUCAUCGCAAGUUCAAUCACCGAGCAGCGAAAGAUCUUGAGAACGGAUCCCUUCGUGGUUUAUCGCUUGGUGAGUAUCUACAAAGGAUCGGUGCAAGUUCAUUCUUCAUCGAGCACUACCUGAUCCCGCUCGCGGCUUCUGUCUGGUCGAGUCCUGAUGCAGAUAUCAACCGAUUCCCUGCAGAAACCUUCAUACGCUUUUUCUCGAAUCAUGGUCUUCUUGACCUCCGUGAUAGGCCUACAUGGCAGACUGUUGUCGGAGGGAGUUCGGCAUACAUCAAAGCGUUCAGAUCAAAGUACCAGGGGGACAUGAUCACCGAAUCCCCAGUUCUAUCUGUCGAGCGUCAAGCCAAUGGCAUUGUUGUGACCCUUAGAAACAAUGAGUCCAUGAUGUUUGACCAUGUUGUUCUCGCAUCACACGCGGACGAGUCAUUGAAAUUAUUAUCCGACCCAUCCGACGGUGAACAGUCUGCUCUGGGCUCUUGGGGGUAUCAAGAUAAUCACAUCCAGUUGCAUACCGAUUCGUCGGUUAUGCCCUCUGAUCGUCGGCUCUGGUCUUCUUGGAACUAUCGGAGACUUUCAAGACAAGACCAGAAUGCCCCCGUCAAUAUCACAUACUACAUGAAUCGAUUGCAGGGACUGCAAACUGAAAUCAACUACUUCGUCUCACUGAACUCUAAGGAGCACAUCGACCCACAAAAAGUCAUCUAUGCUGUGGACUACACCCACCCGGCGUAUACCUCAGAAUCAAUCAACUCGCAGUGUCAACUGCGUUCGAUCAAUGGAGCACGCAACACUUGGUAUUGUGGCGCUUACAUGCGAUACGGCUUUCACGAGGAUGCCGUCGUCUCAGCUGUGGAUGUCGCAAGUCAUUUCGGGAUCACGAUAUGA